AUGCAAGAGAACGGGAAGGGGGGAGGUAUGAGGCCGGUAGCUGCUUAUCAGGGAGAGGGAAUACGUCUCGAUUGGGCAUUCCUCAGGGAAGCCAGGUCAGGUUUUGAGGCGGCGCUGAAGCAGCUAGACCGCGUCAGCUGUUGUGGAGGAGAAGGGCAAGAAGAAGAGUGGCCAUUGACGAGGGAUGUGGUUGGUGGCGACGACGAUUCUAUCCGGGUGGUGAAUUUUCUCGAUGGGCGCCUCAAGGUGGACUCGCCCGCGUCUUCACCUUCACCAUUUUCUCACGAUUCCAACGACCCAUGGUCUCUUCGAGGAGGCGACGAUGUCAGUGGCGGUUACGACAUAGCGGACUGCUCACCCUGUGCCGAAGGAAUUCAUCGUCAGCGAAAGGACAGUGCUUCCGAAGUCCGUCAGAAUGCAGAGCCGAGUUGCAGCAAAGGCGUGCAUACACGAAGGCUAGCAGAAGGAAGAAAAGAACACCUCCAAGGCGUUUAUCUCGAGGCUCCGCGCACACCAAUAGCGUUCACUUUGGGACCACGCAGCGAUCUAGACUGCAUCAGCUUCUUGUAUCUGCUACGAAACAACAAGCUAAGCUUCGACGACAUUGCGGAGCUCGUAUCACGAUAUUCGCUUGACAAUAGCGACCCCCUUCUGAACGAUAUUGCGCAACAAAGCCUCUCGGUUGACCAUCAGUCGAACAUUCAUGAUAGUACUUUGAAGUCGUCCACAGGUCAACCGGGAGUUGUCGAGUGGGAUUGUUCUUCUGAUCAGGUAGACAGCCAGGCGUCAACAUUGAGAAGUGAUAACAGUCGUUGCACAAUUGGAGACCCAAGCUGCGGAGAAGAAGACCAGAACUUGAACGACAGGGAGCCAUGUUAUCAUGAGCUAGCUCAGGCGCAGAAUGCUGAGGGACAAGGAAAGACUGGCAAGGUCGAAGGGCAAGCCAUCAGCAUGGAGAACGCUGGGGACUUGGACCAGUCUCAUCAUGACGGUUACAGCGACGAGCCGAGUGCAGCCCAGUCAUGCUUCUCUUCCGAUUCAUCGGUUGAUUCCAUCGAAUUCUCAAAACCAGGAGUCGAUGUUACAGCCAACAGAACAAAGCCAACUGCACUAUCCUGGUGGAAGCCCAGAAAGAAGUACCACGGAAUCCAUGAAGCCACCAGGGCUGCGAGCAUUCCAGAUUUCCAAGAGUAUCCAGUAGGGCUCUGGAAAAGGAUAAGCAAAAAGACGUCAGACCGCAUGCUUAAUAAGAAUACAGAGGGUGAGACAGACCGGAAGCUGCAAGCAAAAUUGUCCAAGAUGGAAGAAUCGUCUAUGCGGGCUUCUCGCAUGAGAGAGGGUUCUGCCCACCGUGGCAGCCACUGUCCUCAGACACACAAAAAGCAGACCACUCCCCCAAUUGUCCAGUCAGAUGUCUCUACCUCGCCCCACAUGCUCAGCGCCAUGAGAACCCUCAAAAGCCCUCGCGCAAGCCAGAGUAUGACGAGCAACACCACCAAGUCCCAAAGAGGUAACCACAACAGCCCUGCUUGCAUUAGCAAAUCAAGAUGUUCCAUCAGCACCCACUUCACUAGAGGUGUCACCCCGCAUGGUAUCCACACUGUGCACCGGCCCUACAGACCUAGUCCUUUGAAGCACUUCACUCGAGUCACACUGUUAGAUGUGAACAAAGGACUUCCGCCUCUUCCACCUGAAGCGCGGCGACUCGCACACCAGGCAUCGAAGGGGAUUGCAUCCAAAAAGCGAUAA